UUAAACAGUGUAUAAUAUAAAUAAUUGCACAACUGCACAGUAUAACAUGCCACUACAGGUAUAGUAAGAUUAUGUACGUCACUAAUUGUUUGAACGGAAGUCCUUCAUCCCUUCAUGCCAAUUCCCAAAGUGAUGGGAAGGCAAAGACAGACACUUCCUCUUACUGUAAUGGGAGGUAGAAAAGAAUCAAGGAAUACCUGUCAAAAUUCCCCUCCUGUCCCACUAUAAGAGCACCUGCCAUCCCCAUACAGAGGUGCACAUCAUUCUGUGAAGAAAAACACUCCCUGGACCUCACCAGGCUGAACUGUCAGAAUCAUAAUGAAGGACUUGUUUAUCAUAUAUAGCAUGUUUGUAUGCACCAUGCUGUGUGGUCUAUGGGACACAGCCCAGGGUCGGCGGCUUCACAUGGGCAGCUGUAAAGUGAACAUUCACACACAUGAACUCAGGCACCACUUCCAGCACAUCCGUCAAAGCAUGAUUUCAGGAGAUGAUCACAAGGGAAUCAGAUUACUUAGAAAAGACGUGAUGAACAGUAUCCAGGCUACAGAAAGCUGCUGUUUCCUCAGGCAGCUCCUUCAUUUCUACAUGGAUAAGGUCUUUAUCAACUACAGCAGCAGUCAUUCCCUACAUCGCAGAACCACCAGCGUACUGGCCAACUCCUUCCUCAGUAUCACCAAGGACCUGCGAGUGUGUCAUUCUAAUGCACACUGUGAGUGCAGCGAAGAUGCCAAACAAAAACUCGCAGGAAUUCAAACCAUGUAUGACAAGCUUGAUCAGGCAGCAGGAGCAGUGAAGGCUAUUGGAGAGCUGGAUUCACUACUUGAAUGGAUAGAAAGUUUCCAACACCAUUGAAAAUACACCAAGACCAAACUUAAGUGAAGCUAGAUAUUUAUUAUGUUUCUAAAACAGGGACAGCUGCAUAGAUUCAAGAACAAGAAUCUUUACUACUUGACUCUAAAAACAGUUUGAAAACGUUUUUGAUUCCUUACAGUUUGUGAGAAUAAUUUAUUUAUACCUAACUACAUUAUAGACCAUAUUUCUAAGCAUAUUUGCAUGAUGUAUAAAUGUCAUGCUGCAAAGUAGACCAUUGCGGUCAGUUUGUGAUCUGUAAUUUUCUUUGUAUUGUUGUCUUCAUAAAAAAAUUUAUAAUUUAUAAAAUAAAGAUAUAUUUAAGCUGUUAUGAAUCACCUGUUUUACCACAAAAUCUAUUCAGAUUCAUUAAAACACAUUAUA